AUGGAUGUCGAAUCAAGUUUUUCACAUGUAGCUCUUCCUAUCUUUGAUGGGGAGAACUAUGACCUUUGGGCUGUGAGAAUGGAAUCCUACUUGGAGGCUUUAGACCUCUGGGAAGCCGUGGAAGAAGAUUAUGAAAUUGCUCAGUUGCCAAACAAUCCCACCGUGGCCCAGGUGAAAAAUCACAAGGAAAGAAAAACCAAGAAGGCAAAGGCUUGCUUGUUUGCUGGUGUCUCAAAAACGAUUUUCACCAGAAUCAUGACCCUCCAAACAGCAAGUGAAAUCUGGAAUUAUCUAAAGGAAGAGUAUGCAGGAGAUGCCCGAAUACGAAGCAUGCAAGUGUUGAACUUAAUACGUGAGUUCAAGCUACAAAGACUGAAGGAGUCUGAGACAGCCAAACAAUAUGCUGACAAAUUGCUUGGCAUUGUCAACAAGGUAAGAUUACUUGGCACAGAAUUUCCAGAUUCAAGAAUUGUGCAAAAAAUUCUUGUAACAAUGCCUGAAAAAUAUGAAGCCUCUAUAGCAUCUUUGGAGAACACAAAUGAUCUGUCACAGAUCACCUUGGCAGAAGUUUUACAUGCCCUACAAGCACAAGAACAAAGAAGAAUGAUGAGACAAGAGGUGGCAGUAGAGGAUGCUUUUCUAGCAAACAACUCGUAA